UCCUCUGCGCGCUGCAGCCUCGAGCUGCCGCCACCGCCGGGUCUUGCUCGGUGAGUGACUGUGUCCCUUCCCCGCUCCCCUGCCCCGAGGUGACUGGGGAUUUGCUCCGAGGAGCUCAGGUGCUCGGAGGCGGUACUGCCCAUGGCCCGACCGGAGAGACGAUUGAAGGAGCCUGACCGGCUGGACGGGUACCCGACUCAGUAACUGGCACCUGGAGACACUCAUGUUUCAGUAAUCAGAAGGCAUCCCUAUCUCCACUUCAUGAUCCAGGGGCCUGUGGCUCAGUGAAGUUCCCAAGGUGUACAGCAUGACCUUGCUGCUCCUGGGCGUGGUGCUGCUGGUGGCCCAGCCCCAGCUUGUGCCUUCCCAUCCGGCAGUUCCUGGUCUGGAGCCCAGAGAGCAGGAGCUUCUGCGGAAAGUGGGUCCCCUCCAGGAGGACAUCCGAGAAAGUGUAGCGACCAAUGGUUCCACACAGCAGCUACCACAGACCAUCAUCAUUGGGGUGCGCAAGGGUGGCACCCGAGCUCUGCUGGAGAUGCUCAGCCUGCAUCCAGAUGUGGCGGCGGCUGAGAAUGAGGUCCAUUUCUUUGACUGGGAGGAGCAUUACAGCCAAGGCCUGGGCUGGUACCUAACCCAGAUGCCCUUCUCCUCCCCGAACCAGCUCACCGUGGAGAAGACACCUGCCUACUUCACUUCGCCCAAAGUGCCUGAGAGAAUCCACAGCAUGAACCCUGCCAUCCGCCUGCUGCUCAUCCUGAGGGACCCAUCAGAGCGCGUGCUGUCUGACUACACCCAGGUGUUGUACAACCACCUUCAGAAGCGCAAGCCCUACCCGCCCAUCGAGGACCUCCUGGUGAGGGACGGCCGGCUCAACUUGGACUACAAGGCUCUCAACCGCAGCCUGUACCAUGCACACAUGCUGAACUGGCUGCGUUUCUUCCCUCUGGGCCACAUCCACAUUGUGGAUGGCGACCGCCUCAUCAGAGACCCUUUCCCUGAGAUCCAGAAGGUAGAAAGGUUCCUGAAGCUGUCGCCGCAGAUCAACGCCUCGAACUUCUACUUUAACAAAACCAAGGGCUUCUACUGCCUGCGGGACAGCGGCAAGGACCGCUGCUUACACGAGUCCAAAGGUCGGGCGCACCCCCAAGUGGAUCCCAAACUGCUCGAUAAACUGCACGAAUAUUUUCAUGAGCCAAAUAAGAAAUUCUUCGAGCUCGUGGGCAGGACAUUCGACUGGCAUUGAUUUGCCACCAGUUAGGCUCGGGAUUUUCCCUGUUGUAACUUCUGGUGUACAUCUGAGGGCGGGGUGGGGAAAGAAUUUUAAAAAGGCAUUUAAGCUAUAAUUUAUUUGUAAAACCCACAAAGGACUUCUGUACAGUAUUAGAUUCACAGUUGCCAUAUAUAGUAGUUAUAUUUUUCUACUUGUUAAAUGGAGGGCGUUUUGUAUUGUUUUACAUGGUUGUUAACAUUGUGUAUAUGUCUCUAUAAUAUGAAGGAACUUAACUAUUGCACUGAA